UAAAGAUCAACAACAUUCUCUUCUUUAUGACUUUAUCAAGUUUUAUUUUUUGCAGUAUUUGGAGUUUAAAUCCCUGGUUUUACUUCUUUAGUCUUCUAUUGGUAACAAAACAUCUCUUUGGGAUACCAGUUUCUCUCGCAUCUGCUUCUUCUGGGGGUGGUUUUCAGGGGUUAUAUAUUUCUCCCUACUCACAUUUCAAAGUGAUUUGCUUUUUGCUUUCGUGGGUAGUUGCCAAAAUCUUGGAUUUAUACUCACUCGUUUUAGUCGUCAGUAUUUCUCUAACUCCUCCCAUAAUUUUACAGUGAUGCAAAGACGAACACUUUAUCUACUAAUUUCAUUGCAUUCUCUACAUAAAACCCGUUACUCCAACCCAUAUGAUGCUUACUGGGUUCUUUCGGUCUGGUGUGUGAUAUCGGGAGAAAGAGCGUAAUGUUGCUUUAAGAAAAAUGAGAUCCGAUACAUUUACUUCAUUUGUGGUUCUUUGUGUUGUCUUUGGAGGUCUUUUUGUGAUCGUUGAUUCUUUUCCAAGAGAUGAAGUUCGGGCUCUUUUGAACUUCAAGGAAGCUAUAUAUGACGACCCACUUGUGUUUCUGUCCAAUUGGAACGCCUUAGAUGCAGAUCCUUGUGACUGGCCUGGUCUGUCAUGUUCUCUUGCUCGAGACCGUGUUGUGAAGAUAAACAUCACUAGCUCAUCUUUACGAGGGUUUCUUGCACCAGAAUUGGGUAGAAUCACCUAUUUACAAGAACUAAUUUUGCAUGGGAAUAAUCUGCUUGGUAUAAUACCAAAAGAAUUGGGCUCCCUGAAAUUCCUUAAGCUUUUGGAUUUGGGGAUGAAUCAACUGACGGGUCCAAUUCCUCCAGAGUUAGGGAACUUGACCAGUAUCCAGAAAAUAAACCUCCAGUCAAACGGGUUGACUGGAAAAUUACCUCCUGAGCUUGGCAAUUUGAAGUAUCUGCAGGAACUUCAGCUUGACCGGAAUAAGCUUCAAGGAACUCUUCCUUCUACUAACAAUUCAGCAACAAAGUCCGACAUUCGUGGAAUGUAUGACUCAAAUGCGAACUUAACUGGCUUCUGCCAGUCUUCUCAGUUAAAAGUGGCUGAUUUCUCAUACAACUUCUUUGUUGGGAGCAUACCCAAGUGCCUGGGGUAUCUUCCAAGUACAAGCUUUCAAGGAAACUGCCUGCAAAAUAAAGAUCCUAAGCAGCGUAAUGCCACACAAUGUUCACUUUAUGGUAGUACUCCACCUACCAGAAGCCAUCAAACUAACAUAUCUAGGCAUCGACCUGCUGAUGACACUGCUAAUCAUCAGGGGUCAUCAAAACCCGCGUGGCUUUUGGCUCUGGAAAUAGCGACAGGAACUAUGGUGGGUUCACUCUUUAUUGUUGCAGUUCUCACUGCUCUUCAGAGAUCCAAUAGCAAAUCUUCUCUCAUAAUUCCUUGGAAGAAAUCAUCAAGUGAGAAAGACCAUAUGACAGUGUACAUAGAUUCUGAGAUGCUGAAAGAUGUCGUGAGAUUCGCCAGACAAGAGGUUGAAGUUGCCUGUGAAGAUUUUAGCAACAUUAUAGGCUCCUCACCUGGGAGUUUGGUCUAUAAAGGUACCAUGAAAGGUGGGCCUGAAAUCGCAGUGAUAUCCCUCUGCGUCAAAAAAGAGCAUUGGACAGGCUAUCUUGAGCUGUAUUUCCAGAAAGAGGUGGCAGACUUGGCUAGAUUAAACCACGAGAAUGCAGGAAAGUUGCUUGGAUAUUGUAGAGAAAGCAAUCCAUUUACGAGGAUGCUGGUUUUUGAAUAUGCAUCAAAUGGGACUUUGUACGAGCACCUCCAUUAUGGGGAAGGAUGCCAGUUUUCUUGGACACGUCGUAUGAACAUUGUUCUAGGCAUUGCUCGUGGACUCAAGUAUCUCCACACAGAACUUGAGCCGCCAUUUACAAUAUCAGAGCUGAAUUCUAGUGCUGUAUAUCUUACAGACAACUUUUCACCUAAGCUGGUUGAUUUUGAAAGUUGCAAGACAAUUCUUGCAAGAUCAGAAAAGAACUCAGGCUCUAUUGCUAACCAAGGAGCUAUUUGUGUUCUUCCAAAUUCUAUGGAGGAGCGCCAUCUGGAUGUCCAAGGCAAUGUUUAUGCUUUUGGUGUUCUCUUACUGGAAAUUAUCAGCGGGAGACCUCCGUACUGCAAGGACAAAGUCUGCUUGGUAGAAUGGGCUCAAGAAUAUCUGGAGUUGCCUGAAGUGAUGUCGUAUGUCGUUGAUCCCGAGUUGAAACACUUCAAAUUUGAUGACCUCAAGGUUAUAUGUGAAGUGGUGCACCUUUGCAUCGAUCCAGACCCUAGUAAGAGGCCAUCCAUGCAGGAAUUAAGCACCUUGCUGGAGAGCAGAAUCGAUACAUCCAUACCCGCUGAGCUCAAUGCAUCUUCUCUGGCCUGGGCUGAGCUUGCACUGUCGCCAUAGUGGAGUCAAAUGCUAGCAACUAACAUGCUGUAAAUCACACAUACCUUUCUCCCUUUUUAUAUCUUCCUCUGUAGUCACUGGUCAGAAAUCACACACAUUGUUCUCCCAUCCAUUUUCUUUAUGUUCAUUGUAAAUGCUUGCAUGCUAGGAGGCAUUGAGGCUCACGUUUGUCAAGGACUUGUCUUCUGUAUACUUAAUUAUUUAAAAGAAAUCAUUUAUAUAUUCUUAGUAUUAAAAUUUGUAAAGAAGAUCAUGAUGGA